UCCAGGCACUUGCGGCUUGUCUGCAGCGGUAGGAGAGAAGAGACGAAAGAGAGAACCUCACCUCCUCAAACAGCGAGUGAGGUAGGGGGAGAAAGGAGACAGAAAGCGUGAGAGAGAGAGAGAAAGAAAGAGAGAAAGAGAAGCGAAGAGGCUGUGGAGUAAAGGAAAGACAACAGCGGCUUGGACCUCCAGCAAGGAGUGUUUCAUUCUCUGCGCUCUACCGCAAAGUGUCCAAUUUCCACACCGAUUCGACAUGUCAUCGUCCGGUAAAGACAACAGCGGGGCCCAACAUGCCAAUUACGUGGGACCUUACCGUUUGGAGAAGACUCUGGGGAAAGGACAGACAGGGUUGGUCAAGCUGGGGAUCCACUGUGUAACAUGCCAGAAAGUCGCCAUAAAGAUUGUCAACCGUGAGAAACUCAGUGAGUCGGUACUAAUGAAGGUGGAGCGAGAAAUAGCUAUCCUGAAGCUUAUAGAACACCCGCAUGUUUUAAAGCUACAUGAUGUCUACGAAAAUAAAAAAUACUUGUACCUUGUGCUAGAACAUGUGUCUGGGGGUGAGCUGUUUGACUACUUGGUGAAGAAAGGCAGGUUAACACCUAAAGAGGCCAGGAAAUUCUUCAGACAAAUCAUGUCUGCACUGGAUUUCUGCCACAGUCAUUCCAUAUGCCACAGGGAUCUGAAGCCUGAGAACCUGUUGCUCGACGAAAAGAACAACAUCAGGAUAGCAGACUUCGGCAUGGCCUCCCUUCAGGUCGGAGACAGUCUGCUGGAAACCAGCUGCGGAUCUCCACAUUACGCCUGUCCAGAGGUCAUCAGGGGGGAGAAGUACGACGGGAGGAAAGCAGACGUCUGGAGCUGUGGGGUCAUUCUCUUUGCCCUGUUGGUGGGGGCCCUGCCGUUUGAUGACGACAACCUGAGGAAUCUGCUAGAGAAAGUGAAGUUGGGAGUUUUUCACAUGCCACACUUCAUCCCUCCAGACUGUCAGAACCUCCUCCGUGGCAUGAUUGAAGUGGAUGCCACCAAAAGACUAACGUUAGAACAGAUCCAGAAGCACACAUGGUACAUAGCGGGGAAGAACGAACCAGAGCCAGAGCAGCCGGUACCCAGGAAGGUGACCAUCCGCAGCCUCCCUUCUGCAGACGACAUUGACCCCGACGUACUGGACAGCAUGCACUCGCUCGGCUGCUUCAGAGACAAAAACAAACUGCUGAAAGACCUGCUCUCAGAUGAUGACAACCAAGAAAAGAUGAUCUACUUCCUGUUACUGGACCGUAAGGAAAGGUAUCCCAGUCAGGAGGACCAGAACCUACCCCCCCGCAAUGAGAUUGAUCCCCCAAAGAAACGCGUGGACUCCCCCAUGUUGAACCGCCAUGGCAAGAGGAGACCGGAGAGGAAGUCCAUGGAGGUCCUCAGUGUCACAGACGGGGGCUCCCCCGUCCCGGCGAGGAGGGCCAUCGACAUGACGCAGCACGGACAGAGGUACGCGUGGAGGUCUCGGUCUAUUAGUGGUGCCUCCUCUGGCCUCUCUACCAGCCCCCUCAGCAGCCCCCGGGUCACCCCUCACCCGUCCCCCCGAGGUAGCCCCCUCCCCACUCCCAAGGGCACCCCGGUGCACACUCCCAAGGACAGCCCGGCCGGGACCCCCACCCCCACGCCGCCCCCCAGCCCUUCCAUCGGAGGCAUGCCUUGGAGGACCCGCCUCAACUCCAUCAAAAACAGCUUCCUGGGCUCCCCACGCUUCCACCGCAGGAAACUUCAAGUUCCCACACAAGAGGAAAUGUCCAGCCUCACACCAGAGUCUUCCCCCGAACUUGCCAAAAAAUCCUGGUUUGGUAACUUCAUCAACCUGGAGAAAGAAGAGCAGAUAUUCAUUGUCAUCAAAGACAAGCCUCUGAGCUCCAUCAAGGCCGACAUUGUUCAGGCCUUUCUCUCGAUCCCCAGCCUGAGCCACAGUGUGAUCUCCCAGACCAGUUUCCGAGCAGAAUACAAGUCCACAGCCGGCCCGACAGUCUUCCAGAAGCCGGUCAAAUUCCAGGUGGAUAUCACCUACACGGAGAGCACUGCUGCCACGAAGGAGAACGGCAUCUACUCUGUCACCUUCACCCUGCUCUCAGGUCAGAACGCGCCCUGUCACCACCAAGUUUUGUCACCCUCGUUUUCCGUACCAGCUAAUCCUGCUUCCAGUGGGGCCCGGUGCACCCGGAAUAGGUCAGAGCUCACAUCCAGGGAGUAAAGUAUGAAUCUAAAGAAGGCUACUUUGCUU